AUUUACUCUUAUAGGCAGUAGUCAAGAAAAGCACAAUGGAAUUCUAUGAGUCUACCUAUUUCAUCAUCCUCGUACCAUCAGUUGUGAUUGCGGUGAUCUUCCUCUUUUUCUGGCUUUUCAUGAAAGAAACCCUGUAUGAUGAAGCCCUUGCGAAACAAAAGAGGGAUCAAAAGUUUCCACCUGUCAAGACUGAUAAAAAGAAAGCAGAGAAGAAGAAGAGCAAAAAGAAAGAAGCCCAAAAUGGGACCCUUCACGAAUCUGACUCGGAAAGCACCCCCAGGGACUUCAAACUGUCUGAUGCUUUGGGGGCAGAGGACGAACAUGUACUUCCUUCGCAGCUGAGUGUGACAGAAGCCCCCACCAACCUCCGAGAGCGCAAGAAGAAGGAGAAAAAACACAAAGGUAGUCCAGAGCAGCAUGUGUCAAAAGAAUCAGAUGGAGCCAAGCCUGCUGGGAAGAAAGUAGAACCGGUACCUGUUACCAAACAGCCUACCCCACCUUCAGAAGUAGCUGUGUCUAAGAAGAAAGCUGGACAAAAGAAGCAGAAAAAUGGAAUAGAUGACCAGGAUGCCAAGAGUGAUUCAUUUCUAUCCCCACCCAAAAAGCAAGAUCCUCUCUUGGUACAUCAUGAGAUAAAACAAGAAAGCGGAUCAGGAAAGAAGAAAGUUUCGGCAAAGAAGCAAAAGACAGAUAAUGUUAUGACCUUGGUGGAUGAGCCUUUGAUUCAUGCAACGACUUACAUUCCUCUGAUGGAUAAUUCUGACCAGAACCUGGCAGUGGAAAAAAGAGAAGUGGCUGACUUAGUGAAACAAGAUGGAAUUGAAGGGAUGCAGAAAAGCAAUGCAAAGAAACUGAAGAAUGAAACUGAUAAAGAAAAUGCAGAAGUGAAGUUUAAGGAUUUUCUCUUGGCUAUGAAGAACAUGAUAUUCACAGAAGAGGAAGCUUUGAGUGUGGUGGAACUGCUAAAGGAGAAAUCAAAUGUGAUACAAGAUGUUCUGCAGAAGGCCAGUAAGGGAGAGUCAACUGUAGCCUUACAUCAGCUGCAAGAAAAGGACAAACUCCUUGUAGCCUUGAAAGAAGAAGCUGCUGUUGCAAAGGAGCAAUGCAAACAGCUCUCUCAGGAGCUGGUGUCAGAGAAGGAAAGGAACAACUUAGUUGCGGCAAAAAUGAGAGAGCGAAUUGGCACCCUGGAAAAAGAGCAUGGUGUCUUUCAGAACAAAAUCCAUGUAGGCUACCAGGAAGCCCAACAGAUGAAGAUGAAGUUUCAGCAACUUCGUGAGCAGAUGGAGGCAGAGAUCAAUCGCCUGAAGCAAGAGAAUGGUAUUCUGAGGGAUGCUGUCAGUACUUCUACCAACCAAAUGGAAAGCAAACAGUCUUCAGAGCUCAAUAAACUGCGCCAAGAUUGUGCUAGGCUUGUGAAUGAGCUGACUGAGAAGAACAACAAACUGCAGCAGGAAGAACUUCUAAAGAAGAAUGCAGAACAAGCUGCUGGUCAGCUAAAGGCACAGCAACAGGAAGCAGAGCGAAGAUGGGAGGAAAUGCAGAGCUAUCUUAGGAAACGGACUGCUGAACAUGAGGCGGCCCAGCAAGACAUCCAGAAUAAGCUUGUGGCCAAGGACAAUGAAAUCCAGAGCCUGCACAGCAAACUUACUGAUACAAUGGUUUCCAAACAACAACUAGAACAAAGGAUGAGGCAGUUAAUGGAAGCAGAACAAAAGAGAGUUGCAGCUGAGGACUCAUUCCAGAGACAGGUGCAGGAACUGAUGGAACAGAAUGAGGCUUUAAAAGCUCAGCUUCAGAAGUUCCAUUCACAGAUGGCAGUACAGAGCUCGGCUUCAGCCCUCGCAGAAGAAUUGCCACAAGUAAUUGCAGAAAAAGAUAAAUUGAAUCAAGCUGAGGAGGAAUUAGCCAAUGAGCGCAUUAAGCUAACAAGCAAGGAAGAGGAUCUAAUGGUUGUGCAGAACAUUAACAUGUCGCUGAAAGCAGAAGUGCAAAAGUUGCAGGCACUCACAAAUGAGCAGGCGGCUGCUGCACAUGAGUUGGAGAGGAUGCAGAAGAGUACUCAUGUCAGAGAUGAAAAAAUCAGAGCCUUGGAGGAACAGCUUCAGGAACACCAUGCCAAAGCUUCAAAUGCAAAGGACGAACUUCAGGUUCUAAAGGAUCAAAACAAAGCUUUGCACUUGGAACUGCAGAAGCUGCAGGCCCUCUUAUCUGAACAGGCUAAUAAGGAAUUGUUGGAGCAAAUGGAAAGAAGCAUUACAGAAAAAGAUGACAAAAUAAAGACAGUUGAAGAACUCCUUGAAACUGGGCUCAUAGAAAUGGCAAAUAAGGAGGAUGAGCUUAAGGCACUGAGAACAGAAAACACAUCCUUGAAAAAUGAAGUUGAAAGUCUGCAGAGGGUGCAGACAGAACAGGUUUCCUUUGCAUCUUUGGUUGAAGAGUUGCAAAAAGUAAUCAGCGAAAAGGAUGGAAAGAUCAAAUCUGUGGAGGAGUUGCUUCAGGCUGAGGUUCUUAAAGUUGCUACCAAGGAAAAAACUGUCAUGGCUUUGACACAGGAAAUAGAGGCUCUGAAGGAAGAAGUAGGAAAGGCCAAGCUUGAGAAAGACACACAGAUAUCAGUCGCCCAAGAAGUCAAAGAGCUUCAGAAUUUACUGAAGGGGAAAGAGGACCAGGUGAGAAGCCUGGAGGUCUCUUUGAAAGAAAAGGAGAAUGAACUUGCUAAGAAGGGAGAGUGGCUUCAGGGUCAACAGGAUACGCUGCAGCACUUAAACAACAAAGUCAAAGAACUUGAGCAGCUGAGCUCUGAACAGGUUUCUGUUGGUUCCUCAGUCAAGGACCUUGAGGCUCUACUGAAGGGGAAGCAGGAAGAAGUGCAAAAGAUGGAGGCCUUAUUAGAUGAGCGGGGAAAAGAAGUCGCUCACCACAGAAAAGAGUUGCAGGCUGUACAAGAGGAGAACCAAUUACUGAGAGCACAAAUUCAGGAAAGAAAUCAAGGAAACAAUGAGCAGGAAUCUCUGGCUGUCAGGAAUGAACAACUUCUGCAGCUCAUUGCUGGGAAAGAACAAGAACUUGCCAGCCUCCAAAAGGAGCUGAGUUCCUUCAAACUCGCGGUGGAGCAGCAGAGGCAGAAAAACAAUGUAAGAAAAUGCUUACAAAUAAAUGUUUGGGGGGACUGACUUUGCCAAAAGAAC